AUGGACUACACGGAAAAAGAUAUCACCAUGCUAGAAAAUAAAUUUCAAAAAAUUUGUCAAACUGUCGAAAAUAAUGGCCAAUACAAUGGCAGUGGUCCAAAUUAUUUUGGCACAGGAGUUGCCAGAUUUCAAACUUGUUCUCAAGGAUGCACAUGUAUUGUUCAAACCUCCCAAAAUAAGAUCUCUACUUGUGCUGCUUGCAAAACGCCCUACAAUCCUAACGUUCAGGCAAUAUUAUUAUCAAUCAGAGAGCUUUACCGUGAAAAAUUUAAUAAUAAAAAAAUUGCAGAGGUGGAAUGGCUUAAUGUUAAUCGAUAUAUUGAAAAUUUACGAGCCCAGAAGAUAGACAGAACACCAGAACAUUUACAAUAUAUGCUGAAUGAUGGUCUGUUUGAUUUGGAAAACUCUAGGAAAAAGAAGAAGGUUAUUGACAUCCCAUUCGUUAUUGUCAUGGACGCAAUUUCAGUCUCAGCGUCGACUCAUUUGGGAUACAAUGCAACUGGAGGGUUUAAUCUUGCAGAGAAUUCUCUAGAAAUGAAAUCAAAAGAAAAUGUACAUCCAAUUUACAUUUUGUUGAACUGUGACACGGGAAUAAGAUCUCAUGCACCAUCAAACAAACCGAUAAAGAAACAAAACAACUCCGAAUAUUCUGACGACAAUUUUAAUCCUGGGGAAUUUUUCAAUACUGAAGAUGGAGACGAAAAUGUUAACGAGGAUGAGUUCGAUGUAACGGCAUGUGGUGUUUUUCAGCCUCUUGUUGAUGAAUUUACUUCAUUGUCUAAAUUUGGCUUUAAAGUUUACGACGCUUUUAACAAGGAGGAAAUUACAGUGCGAGUUCAUUGGCUUUAUACAAUUGGAGACAUGGCCGCUGUUUCUGAGUUGCUAGGUGGAAGCUAUUAUGAGUCUGAAGUUUUACCAUAUUUUAAUAAAAAACUGGAAAAGUACCCGACACUUUGA